UUCAAAUUAACAUGGCAGCAGCCUCUUCUCAACAUCCUGCUUCCGAAGAUGUUGCUGCACAUGUUCCUGAAAAUGCGGUAGCACCUACUGUCUCAGACAAUGCUUCUCAAAAUGUUGCUGAGGAUGCUGCUGCUAAUCAAGAUGAGGAAAUGACAGACUUUUCUGGGAUGUCCUUUGCUGAGCAUGUAGAUAUCCCCACUGCUGAUGCCGAGGACUUUGCCACCACAGAAGAAACCUCACUUCCUACAUCCUCAGCUCCAAAUGAAGAUCCUCUGGAAACUCUGGCAGAGGCAGCUGUUCAAGUGGAUGCACCACCUUCCCAGGUUGAAGAGAAAGAGAAAAGUGAUGACAAUGGAAGAAGAUGCUGCUCCACCUGUUGCAUCACCUGAGCCAGCAUACAUCCCGGAUAAACUUGAAGACUCAGAAGAGGAGGAAUCCUCUGAGGAAGAAGAGCUAGACUUGGAUGGGAAGGAUCUGUCAACUCCUUUUGAGGUAAACAAUGCCUUCAGUCCUACAUUUUAUUUUGAAUCUGAUUCAAAUUUGAGUCCUCAAAUUAUGAAUUGCCAAUUCAUUGAGGAAAAGAAAAUUUCCAAGGAUGAGUUUGAUAGACAUAGGAUCACUGCCUUUCUUGAUCAAAGAAAAAUCCUUAGUCUAGUUGAGGUUGCCUGUCCUUAUGAUCCUUCUGUUGUGAAGGAAUGUUUAUGCCAAUUUACAAACUUUUUUUGUUAAAAAUUCUCCACACUUUGGAAAAGUUUUUGUGCGAAAUUCUAUUUUCUCUUUUUCUCCCAAAAUUAUCAACUCUCAUUUACAAACUCCUACUGUGAUUGAUGAGGAUAAUUAUGGUGAUUUUACUGAAGUUUGUAAGACUCUUUCUGGCAAUCGUUUUAAAUCCCUCUCUCAUCUACUCCAUUCUGUUUUCUCAAAAUUUGGGCCAAGAUGAAUCAGAACAUCUUCACACUCCACUUGGCAUGAUAACUGUUUCUCAAAAUUUUCUCAAAGCUUCUCAUGUCCAAGAUUUUCCCUGGAAUUGAGAUAAUUUUCUCUAAACUGAAUCAUAUCAAAAUAAUCUUGGUACUGAAGGUGUUGCUCCUCAUGUUGACAACACUCCUGACAUCCUUAUUUCUGUUUCUCGAGAUUUUUUUUGUUAAAACAGCUUACUCACUCCCUAGUUCAGAUCACCUAUCAUCAGUGCAUGGUGGGAAUGCUUCAGAGAGCUCUUUCUGAUCAAAAAGGGGGAGAACAAGCUGGUCAUGAAG